GUUGUGUACCCCAAGUACGAGGAGGCCUUGCGACUGGGUCUCGAGGCCUUCAGCAAGACCCGAACCAACAAGUUCCGCCGGCAGCUCCCCCACAUUCUUGGCACGGUGGAAUUCCAGUCGGACUCCCAGGCCCCUGGGAUCCGCAGUGUGGAUACGUUUGGCCCCACCGCUGCGAAUGCGCCCCGGGGCAAGGAGGUGACUGCACUGGACUCGCCCAGCACCGCGGCCAGUGUGGGGACAGGCAGCAGCGACUUCGCCCGGAUGGCGCAGGACAUCGUGGACUCCUUUCAGCUGGGCGACCCGCACAGGGGCAGGCAAGGGGCGGCCGCCAGCCUGUCCGCAAACUCUGGCAGCAUUACCUCAGUCCCUGAGACGUCUCUCGACGAAGCAGAUGGGGAGUUGGCACCAGCCCUGGUUGUGGAGUGCAGGGCACACGUGGCUGAGGUUGAGGAUGGUUUUCCAGCUGGUGGCAUUGGGGAGGGGCUGCCAUCGCCCGAUGGGUGGGGGAUGGUGCGACAGGGGUUGGAUGCUGGCGGAUCUCCUGGUCGCCGUGCUCAUGACUCCAUGUCACUGUCAGAGAAUGGUGCGUGGCAUUCAGCGUCGUCGGGCAGCGAAGGUCCGAGCCCUUCAGUGGAGUUUGUUGGCGACAGCAGGGAGGGCAGGGACAGCCUGCAGAUGCUCGGGGCGCUUUUCCGGCAGGCGACCUCCAAGCUGGUUAUGGGCUCGGUGGCUUCCAUGGCGACCGGCGAUGUGCCCAAGAAGGACAGAAGAAGCGACUCCAACAGCGUUGGGCCCGCUGGCAGUGACAAAGAUGCAGAAGCUGUGGCAGAAGGGCUGCUGCUCGAGGAAGCAGAGACCUCACAGGGUGCUGGCUUGACAUGUUCUUUGUCUGGGGCUCUUGAAGAAGGUUUGUUUGAUGAUGACGAGCUCAAGGCAGAGCUGGAGAGGCUCAGUGCUUCGGGGACAGCUGGACAGGCGUCAUCGAAGCCCACUGCGAUGGGGGAUGACCAUCUCACUGCAGGUUCCUUCAGCGCAAAUCAGGACCUGAACGCUGCCUUGGAUUGUGAGCGUGUGUCACCACAACCUGGGAACAAGGGCGGAACAGCCAGGAAAGGAGCAGCGCUGAGCUGCAUACCCGAGGAGCGGGAUAGCCCUGGUGCUCAUUUGAGCGGGAUUGAUCAACAAGCACUCGGCAAGGAGAAUAAUUAUUGA